AUGAGGGGCCAUCAUCAUCCCGGCGGCUCGGAUGUGGAAAAUACAGUUUAAAGUCUCUCUGGAUGCAUUUAUAAUGAACAAGCAGGCUUUUCUGACAGGUACCCGAGUGAGCGUUCAGCGUCCUUUCAUCUCCUCGUUUGGUUUCCUUGGAUGUGCACCUCUCUGCUCCCUUUGCUUAGUGCUUUCCAUCCGAUACUUCUAAAGACUCCUCAAGAUCUACGCCUUAGUCCUGAUUUGGCAUAACUCAAAAAUACAUACAUAUAUUCUGUGCAUAUAGCUUUUUUAAAUCUCCAGUCGGAAUUCAGUCAACAACCGUUGCCGUCAUCCUUCUUCCCCUGUCCCUUUUUCUCUUCACGUCAGAUUCAGAGGGGCAUCAAAAACACUCUUAGACCCACACAUACGCACACACUCACAUUGGCCACCAUGUCCUCCAUCCUUCCCUUCACUCCCCCGGUAGUGAAACGCCUCCUGGGAUGGAAGAAGACUCCAGCAGGUAGUGGGGGAGCAGGAGGAGGAAUAGGAGGAGUAGGGGAGCAGAAUGGAGGAGGACAGGAGGAGAAGUGGUGUGAAAAAGCUGUGAAGAGCCUGGUGAAGAAGCUGAAGAAGACGGGGCAGUUAGAUGAGCUAGAGAAAGCCAUCAGCACACAGAACAGCAACACAAAGUGUGUCACCAUACCCAGCAAUUGCUCAGAUCUAUGGGGUCUAGGCUCAGGCCACACGAUAGAGCAGUGGGACUCUGCAGGCAUGUACGGCUAUCCUGACCACAGCAGGUCACUGGACGGACGUCUUCAGGUGUCCCAUCGUAAAGGCCUUCCCCACGUCAUCUACUGCAGACUGUGGAGAUGGCCUGACCUUCACAGCCACCAUGAGCUGAGGGCCAUUGACACUUGCCAGUACGCCUUCAACCUCAAGAAGGAUGAAGUGUGUGUCAAUCCCUACCAUUACCAGAGAGUGGAGACGCCCGUGCUGCCUGCGGUGCUGGUGCCACGGCAUACAGAGAUUCUGACAGAGCUUCCGCCUCUAGAUGACUUUACAAAUUCCAUUCCUGAAAAUACCAACUUCCCUGCCGGUAUAGACCCUCCUAACAACUAUAUACCAGAGACUCCUCCACCUGGCUACAUCAGUGAGGAUGGAGAGACCAGCGACCAGCAGAUGAAUCAAAGUAUGGAAUCAGGCUCACCAGCAGAAAUGUCACCAAGCACCCUGUCGCCUGUCAGUCAUGGUCUGGACCUUCAGCCAGUGACCUACAGUGAACCAGCUUUCUGGUGCUCUAUAGCUUACUAUGAGCUAAACCAGCGGGUUGGAGAGACAUUCCACGCCUCGCAGCCGUCUCUGACAGUCGAUGGCUUCACUGACCCUUCCAACUCUGAACGCUUCUGUCUAGGGCUUCUCAGCAAUGUUAACAGGAACGCAACCGUUGAAAUGACAAGGAGACAUAUAGGUCGUGGCGUGAGGUUGUAUUACAUCGGAGGGGAGGUGUUCGCCGAGUGCCUGAGUGACAGUGCCAUUUUUGUCCAGAGUCCUAACUGCAACCAGCGAUACGGCUGGCAUCCUGCCACAGUCUGCAAAAUACCACCAGGCUGUAAUCUGAAGAUUUUUAACAACCAGGAGUUUGCUGCGCUCCUGGCCCAGUCAGUCAAUCAGGGGUUCGAGGCAGUCUACCAGCUAACCAGGAUGUGCACCAUCAGGAUGAGUUUCGUCAAGGGCUGGGGAGCAGAGUACAGACGUCAGACUGUAACCAGCACCCCCUGCUGGAUUGAGCUGCAUCUCAACGGCCCCCUCCAGUGGUUGGACAAGGUGCUGACCCAGAUGGGAUCGCCCUCAGUGCGCUGCUCCAGUAUGUCAUAAACAGGGUGCUACGGAUGCGGACGCAUAGUCAAACUGACAUUUCACAACGUCUGAACAGUAUGUCCUGAAGGAGACAACCAUGCGGUCUUAAACUGAUGUACUAACAACAUUUUGAAAACAAAACAAAAAAAGAUUUCACAAUCAGACCUGGAUGAUGAGAGAAUGACAUGACUAACGGACAACAGGGGAAUGUUAACAGUGAUGUCACACUGGACCUGAUUACCUUUUGGCUCUGUUGGAUCAACGUCAGGCUGACAUUCCAGUAAUCACAGACCUAAUAAUAAUUGAAAUCACCCUGCAAUAUCAAAUUGAGAAGAGAGUGAUGUCAAAAUGGACCAGAACUGCGUUCAUGUGUUUGGUAUUUGACCGAGGCUCUGAUCCAGAAACAGGAAGCGGGGCUGGGCCUUGGUGUCCUCCUCAAUGGCACAGCAAUGGCUGUUUCUGGGAUUCAACAUGUGACCUUUUUAGUUACAGGACAGUCUCUCCAACCACUAGUCCACCUUGCCUCUUCACUACCUACCUGCCACAGCACAAGCUUUGACUCAGCAUCAAGUAUUUCUGUUUAUACAAGGUUGAUUAACAGUGGUACUGCCACUCCAGGCUCGUGUUUCAACCAAAGCCAGCUUCACGCCUGGACAGUUUCUUAGCAUUACUCGGUUUUGGUGACCAAACUUCCAAUUCAUUUUUAUCUCUGCUUCUCUCGCUUCUCUCCCAAUCAGUCCUGUGUUGUCGUAACCACAGACGUGACUACGAUGGACUGCACAGCCCUCAGCUCUUAGAAGGGAGACCACUGGGAGAAUAAGUCGAUGUCUGUAAUUAAUAUUACAUACCCCGUCUUCACACGCUCACAUGCACACACAUAUACUGUAACAGAGACACACUUUUGCGGUUCAUGCAUCACUUAACUUAGCUAUUUUAACUCAGUUGUUUUAACAUAACAAAAAAAGAUUUCCUCUUCCUGCUAAAUGUCGAUUGGUCCUGUUCAACAGCAAGUUUGCAGUGGGGCAGAUGAUUUGAGUGUGGAUCAGAGCUGAAGCAAAGGAGUUUUUAAUUAUAAAGUGUGGUCAGUUGCUAACGAGCACAGAUAACUGGACAGUAAGCUAAGGAAUCCUCAGUACAACAGCAUAUGACGUGUCACCCCUGUGGAGCUUCAUACAGCUUAAAUCUUUGAACGUUUAGACAAUAAUAAAAGCAGAAGAAGUUAUCCACAGUUCCUCUAGUUUCUGGGGCCCAACAAGAUGCACUAUCUCUGUUUCCCUCCUGCAUGCUCAUGCUCUUGCUCUCUCUCUUACAUUCUUACAUUCAUUUUAUUAUAUCAUCUUGUAUAUGAAGGGGAGUCCUAUGUCAGCCUUGCACAGGAUCAGGACUCAGGUGUAAACCCAAGAGUCUUCAGCGUCGCCCUCUUCUCUUUAACAGACUAAGAAAAACAAAACAGUCAUCAUCACUUUAACAUUUCACAGAUGUAGAAAAAGUCUCUGUGAUUAUAUGCUGCAGACUGCUGCACGGUUUCUCCAUUUUUGACAUUUUAUGAAUAGGAAAAGUCCUGCAGUGUGGGACUUUAAAAAUAAAAUUGCCCCUAUACUGUACUUGCACUGCCCCAAAUCAUGCACCCAUUAGAAAGAUGCCUUUGAUGUAAAGUAGAGCAAGAUAUGCUUUGAAAUGUACAGAUAUGAAUGUCGAAAAUCCCAUUUGAAGUCAAGGAAAUUUAAAAGAAAAUCUUUCAUAUUUUUAGAGUAUUCACUAUUAAAAUUUGUCACUAUAUUGUCUGAAUUGGCUUAUUGUAAGCGUCUCGAGCAUUCAUUUGAUUUUAAUGAGAUCUCUUGCCCUGAAUUAAAAACCAGCUGGUACCUACAUUGGUAUUUUAGACUCCAAAUCUUUUCAACUCAAAGUAUUUAAGCUUUAAGUAUUUGACAAGCUAGUUAUACUACACAGUUAUUAUUUUCUUUACACAUUCUUUUAGCUACAUUUUUGUAUUUUCAUGUAUUUUUUAUAUAUAAAUAUAUUUAAAAUCUUCAAAGCUUUCUUCCUUUCUAUUAGAAUUCAAUAUUUUUUUAGAAUAUGCCCUCUGUUUGAAAUGAUCACAGCUUGAUGAUGAUUUGUGAAGCAUGUAGCAUAGGACGUAACAUUUACCACUGAAAACAGUUCCUCAGUGCCGGUUGUGUGCUGAAUGGCCGAGAGGUCAAGCCGUCACGAUAACCAUCCUCUUUACUUCAAAACCUCAUUUGGCUGCUCAAAUGGUAAAAGCGGCUGUUGAGUUUUGGAAUCUAUCAGCUGUUAUAAUUGUUGGAAAAAAAAAAAAAAAAAAAUUCUUGCCUUACUGUUACUAAUUAUU